UAUGUAAUUAUCUUAACUAAUACCUUUCAUACCUGAAUCAACUUCUUUAAUUUUAGCACCUACACAAACUAAUGGAGCUUUAUAUUUAGGAAACAUAAGUUCAUUGAUGAAAUCAUAUAAAUAAUACUAAAUUAAAGUAAAAAUCAUUUAAAUUUUAAGGCAGCAAUUACUAUUUGCGAAUUCUCCGAAUUUGACGAUAUAUAAUUAGAUAAUCAUCUAGUUAUCAAUAUUGAUGAUGAUGAUUACGAAGAUAUAUAUAAAUACUUUGAAAAAACAAAUAAAUUUAUUUAAGACAACUUAAAAGUAACAAAAAUUUAAUACUAAAAUAGAAAGGUAAUGUUUUAGUACAUUGUAUGGCAGGAAUUUCAAGAAGUGCUACAAUUAUAAUAGCAUACAUUAUGUGGAGUUAGAAGAAAAGUUAUUAAGAAAGUUUAAAUUUUGUGACUGAAAUGCGAGAUAUUGUAUAUCCUAAUAAAGGGUUUAGGGAUUAAUUAAAGGAGUAUGAAUAGUCAUUGAACAUUAAAUAAUGAUAGAAAUAAUAAUAUAUUAAU